AUGUCGUUCAGUGGGCGUACUCCAGAAUCCCUUCUCCCGCGCUCCGACUCGAAGAAUCCAGCGACAACAUGUAGAGGAAUCACCUCGACCGGACGACCAUGUCGGCGAGCCCUAGCGGCGUCGCCCAGGAAUUCCCCGGCUGCCUCGCCCAGUCGUGGGGCCGGAGUGCUUGCGGUGCUGCACGAACAAAAUGCAGCUGCCUUCUAUUGCUGGCAGCACAAAGACCAAGCCGAACAGCUGGCCGCGAAAGGUGCCCGGAGAACGAGUCUACAUCCGCUCAAAGAAAAGUCCAGUAUCGAUACUCUGGUCGAGCGAGUUGGGAUAUUAGAACUCGAUGACGAGCUUCCCGACCUGCGGAAGCGGCAUCGUCGGCAGCAGCAGCAGCAGCCAGGCAGCCACCGCCCCCGUCGGCGAGAUACACUACCGUCUGGCUGGAGUCAGAUGCAAAGUCCUCUGAUGACUGUACCAGAGGAGGCUAUCCGCCGCAGACCACCACCAAAACCUCGAAGUCCGCCUCCACGAUCCAGUUCCAACCGGUCGUGGGUCUGUUGCCUUCAGGUCAAUGAUGACGACGAUGUCCUGCCUGCCCCAAGGGUGAGACCAGACAGGGCGAGGCAAGAAGCCGGCACAAUACGGCCUGCAAGGCCAGAGAUGAGGCAGUCACGCGAUCGGGUAUACACCAACCCUGUCCCACAGACCCAGGCGUUCAGCUCUACACGCCCAGGACCAACUGCAAUACCAUCAAGUCAGUCUCAAACGCAAACACUGCUCUCCAUCAUCCCCGCCCAGCUUUCUCCGCAGACCACUUCACUUCUGUUGGCCGAGUUGUCGCGACCGAUCUCUUCGGCCGAUGAGGCCGGGUAUAUCUACAUAUUCUGGCUGACUCCGGAGACGGAAUCGUCCAAGCCGGAUGACGAGACGGCUUCGUCACUGUUAGAUGACGAUGACGACGACGAUGCGCUGCUGUUGACUGCACGCUCCCAGAGGACGAAUCAAACGCUGACGCGCUACGCCUCCAUCAGGCACCCUCGUUCGCACUCGCGGUCGCAGCGCACAAUCACUUUGAAAAUCGGCCGUGCAGCCAACGUCCACCGGCGAAUGGCUCAAUGGACCAAGCAGUGCGGCCAGAACAUCUCGCUCAUCCGCUACUAUCCAUACACGGCUUCAUCGCCAUCCAGUUCCAGGUCGAAUCCCGUGCCGGCAAGAAAAGUCCCUCAUGUCCAUCGUGUCGAGAGGCUCAUCCAUCUCGAGCUGGCCGAGCGGCGGGUCGUCAAGUCCGAGUGCGCGCAAUGUGGCCGUGAGCACAGAGAGUGGUUCGAGAUCGAGGCGACCAGGACUGGCUUGAAAGGCGUGGAUGAGGUCGUGAGACGCUGGGUGGCCUGGGCUGAACGGCAAUAG